AUGAAGGCAGUAAGAAGGCACAUCUAUUCUCGUUUAAGUUUAAUUUUAAUUUUAAUAUCAUUACUUUUAAAGAUAACGAAGUGUACUAAUGGACCGAAUAAGAGUAGUGGGAACCCCAUAGUAACAAGGCCAGGAAUAACAACAAGAAGUUCAUCAGAGGGUCUUGGUAGAACUUAUGAUAAAGGUGUUAAAGACACUUUAAGUUUGUUAGAACAAUAUUAUGAUGGCACCGACGAUUGGAGACGAUACAAUGUGGUCAAUCCAAGUAUGAAGAAUAGUCAUGAAAAUGGCCCAACUUCUGAAAAUGAUGAUAAUACUGAUUUGAACCCCGAUUCUGAAUCGAUAAUACCUAAGGAGUCAGGAAAAGCUCCUGAGGUGUCAGCAGUUGCUCAGACUCCAGCUGACUAUAAACUCCCAGAUGCGGUAAUACCAUUAACAAAGAACAAAGAAAGUCUAGUUCAGAGUAAAAAGCCAAACCUGACAGAUACAGUUGAUCAAGAUCCUUCCUUAGAUAAAGGGCCUUUGAGUGACGGUAUGUCUGAGGAUCAGACCGAGGUUUUAAGCGUCUCAGAAGGGCCAAGUGAAGGUGCAGAUUAUGAAUAUACGGGAGGUUCUGAAGGAUUUGGGCCACCAGAUAUGGGAUAUGAAGCUAUAAGUGAGCAAUAUGAUCCAAACGGAGAAAGUUACAGUUACCGUGAUGCAGGCGAUGAGCCUGAUGGGCAAUACCCAUAUAGUUAUAAGUUGGAAAGUGAGUUAGAGAAUGUUGAUCCAGGAAUGAGCUACAUAAUGAUGGAUGAGAACGCAGACGAAAAUGCUCCAAACUACAUUUAUAAAGAUGGAAGUGAGAAUUUCCAAGAGCACCCUGGAACAGAGUAUGAUUACGUAGGUGAACAUGAGAAUAACGACGAAGGAAGCAUUAGAUACAUUAGUGAGCAUGGAAACGACUCAGAUUUUGAAGAGAGGCACAUUAAUGAGGCAGGAGAUGAAGGGUUUUCUGGAACGGAAAAUGUAUACAUCGAUGAUGUGGAUCCAAACGAAACAGAAUAUGAAUAUAUUGGUGAGGGAGAUAGAAGUGAGACAAGCAUCGGAGGUGAAGAAGCUGAAGGAAGUGAGGGUAAAAAUGGGAAAAGGAGGAAGAGGAAGCAUUCGAAACGCCACCAAAAAAAGCCCAAACUUCCAAAAAAGUGGGACACCUUUACCGAAAAUGAAAAACAGGAAUGGCUCGAUAGACAUCCAAGAACAAGGCAAAUUUUUAAUGAGCAAUUUGAAGAGAAUAACUUGUCGGGAAGGCGUCCAAGGAGAUCUAGAAAUGGUGAUGGCUUUGAUCCUCUUGAAGAUAAUAAAUUGUCUGGAAGGCGUCCAAGGAGAUCUAGAAAUGGUGAUGGCUUUGAACCUCUUGAAGAUAAUAAAUUGUCUGGAAGGCGUCCGAGGAGAUCUAGAAAUGGUAAUAGCUUCGAACCUCUGGACAAAAGGUCAAAUUUGGCAAAUCGUGGAGGAAGGCAAAGAGCUGGUGGGUAUGAGGAUGAAGAGCCAGUAUUGAAUAGACGAAGAAGAAGAGGCAGGAGGUCUAAAGGCGGAGAUAUUCUUGAUGAUGAUUUAGGAUUUUCUAGAUCAGGUCGCAGGAGGAGAAGGGGUAGACAAGAACUUAUUGAUUCGCCCAGAAUGAAGAACAGAAGAGGGAGGAGAAGAGGGGGGUAUGAUUUAAUUCAGGAUAUCAAAGGAGAUCCUUACCUCACUACUGUUGGCGAAAGAGUCCUUUCAAAGUACCCGGUAAACAAGAGAGAUAAUAUUUUAAAGCUGAGAGAUAGUGCUCUGAGAGAUAUUAAAAAAGGUCGAAGACCAAAAGGUGACUUUGAAGAAAUUAUAGAUCCUGUAGACCUGAUGCUUAUAUACAGAGAUGCGAAUAAGAUGCCUCUUUUAGUUGUGAAAAAUGAGGGAAAUAUUCCGCUAGAAUACAUGUUAAAACUACCAAAAGGUUUGUAUCUCUGGGAGGAAAUUGACCCUGAAGAGAGAGCAAGACUAAAGAGUAAAUGGAAAGAGGAAAUUGAAAAGGGCACGUUUUGGGAUGAUGAUAAACUUCAUGGAGACUGGAGUGACGAAGUUAAACUUCUUGGAGAGUGGGGUGAGGAGGAAACCAUUAGGGGAAUUAUGGGUAGGGAAAUAAGCCCAGGGAAUCAAAUGGGAGAAGAGUACUCUUACUACAGCUUUGUGCCCAAAUUUACCGACUUAAGAAAUAAGGGUGUCUUCAGUGGAGAAUACCCAGAAGAUAUUGAGCAUCUUAUCUUGGUUGGGGAUAUGCUUCCUGAGGAUAAGUUUCAGGGUGAGUUCAAAGUGCCAGAAUUACAGCUCCUAAGAUUCCAUCCUAGGUUUGAACAUUUAGACGAUCUUGAUGACUUUGUUCUUGAAAAUAUACAAUCCAGACGCAAUGAAGGGCCGAUUUAUUUGCCAACGCACAGGCCCUCCUGGAUGGAAUAUCGUACUACUGGGGCUUUUGGCAAAGGAAUUCCAGUGGACAAAUACUCUUGGCUUGAGUCUUUAGAUAGAGAUGAUGCACUUAGAUUAAUUGAAGAGGCUAAUUACGGAGAUCCAGAUUUCAAUGAAAAACUUCUAAUUAAGUAUCCAUGGAUUAGAGAUAGACUGGGGGAAGCUAUUUAUUCAGACGAUGGAUUAGUUUUACCAAUUCAGGUAUUGAAUGAAUUCAUCCCUAGAUCAGUUUAUAAUCUUGCUAAGGAAGAUGAAAAAUAUCCAGGUAGUAAAUGGUAUUUCUCAGAAGUCCCGUCAGAUAUAAAUUUGGGAAAGUUUAUUACUGACAUAUAUGAACGCGCAGGGCCAAAUAUUGGAUACAGAUCUCAUAAAAGAAACCCUUACUUGGAAGCUGGUCUGGAAAACUUAUUUGAAGAAAGAAUUAACCUUGAUGGUUGGGAUAGAGAAACUAUUAAUUAUUUAAGAGAGCUAUUCAGGGAUGCGGAAAAUAGAGAGAUUGAGUUGCAGGAAGAACUUGAUGGGUACAACAGCAUGAAUAAAAAUGGUUCAAUGUUUCCUGGAAGUGGUAGGAGAAGAAGGCAUAGGCUCAGAUCAUCUAGACCGGAUAUGCCUAUAUGGUAUUUUGGUACUGAAGAGCAAAGAGACCGCGAAAGAAGGCUCGAGUUUGCGAUUGAAUCAGAUUCAGCUGGUGGCAUUAUUGAAGAAAAGCCUUCUUCCACCAGAAAAAUAUUUUUAGAUCCUACAGGAAGAAGGCCAGAAGGAAUUCUUAGUCUUGAACUUCAGGACAUUAGUGAUAACCCUGAAUAUGAUGUAGAGUCACUAGGGAUUUCUGAGGCCGAUUACUUUGAUGAUGAUGAUGAUCUCAAUUUGGAGAUGAUGGGUUCCUAUCCAUCUUCUAGAACUUCACCAACACGUAUAAAAAAUAUCUACUUUAAUAAUAUACCAGGAGGCAAGUACUCUGAUAUUGAUUCAGGAAUUUACCCUAUUAACUAUCCUGGAAGAAUGCACAAAGGUUUGAAAGGCCAACAUCCAGGUUUUAAUCCAAUAAGGAGGUAUGUAUUUAAUGAUGAUGAUAUCGACACUCAUUCACCAUUGAGUAUUUCCCAGAGUGAUUUCUUACAAGAAUCAUCAGGAUUCAAUGAAAGAAAUCCAUUUUUGAUUGGAAGGGCCUUUAAAGUAAAUAGGGAUGAUUGGAAUAGGCCUUGGAAACCAGGAAAAAUGAAAAGAAAUGGUAAAUUAGGUAUUAAAAAAAGUCAUCCUAGGUCUCACAAAGUGAAUGAGUUUGGUCAAGAAGAUCCCAUGGAAAUUAUUAGAGAUUAUUAUGAUUUGAAUGAAAGCUCCAUUUUGGAUGUUUUAGAUGGAAAAGGUAUCUAUAGGCCUAAAAAGAAGAAAGUUGGGUAUGGUGUUAGUGACUUGGAUUACUUAAGAAGAUCAAAUGAUGACGAUUGGAACUAUAUGAAAAAACUUAGGGAAACAAAUUCUUCCAAACCAAGAUCAAAGAAAGACAAUAAGCCAUUAUGGUACUAUUAUGAUACUAUUGGAAGGCGUUGGGAUGAUUCCCUUGCAGAUGAAGAUGAAUCAAUGGAUUCUUAUAUUGACUUAGUUCUUAAAGAAUUGCAAACUAAGAAGAGAGAUAAUAAGAAAGGUGGCAAUGCUAAAAAUAAAAAGCACAAAAAUGGCAGAUUUGUAGACAUUAAAGGAAGGCCUAAACAUCAAGAUGAAUACGAAGAAGACUACAGUGUAAUAGAGAUUGAAGAUAAGAAAGGAAGAGGUAAGAAAAAAAGCAAGAGGAGAGGUUCAAAGAAACGAAGAGGUAAAGAUAAAUCCAUGAAGGGAAAAAGCAAAAAAGGUAAGAGAGUAAGUUUCAAAUUACAUCCUGAAGAUCAAGAAAGUGAUACAUCUGACAGUCUGUCUGAAACUUCAACUAUAGAAACAGAUUUCAGCCAGAGUAGAAGCAAAAACUUAAGUGAAGAAUCAGAAUUAUCUGACGUAUCUAAGUCUGGAUCUGAGGAGGAAAGUGAGGAUUUUGAGGAAUUAGGUCCUUUAGCUAAGCGAAUAUUGAUGGCAGCAGGAUAUGAUGACGACUUGGAUCCAACAGUUCCAUUAAGUAUUGAGACUGAAAUACUGGAACUAGUAGAUACUGGAAAAAAAGGAAGAAAAAUACGUAGAAAACAGAAAAAAGGCAAUAAGUCUAAAAAGGAUGAGGCUGAUGAUUUAUUGAGCUUAGAAAAUAUGCUUGAAGCAAACAAGAAAAUCAAGGUGGACAUGCACGAUCUUUCUGAAAUCAGAAGGAUGAGAAGAGACUUGAACGACGAUUCUGGAGAUUUGGAAGCACUGAAAACUCUAAUCAAAAAGCUUCAUUUAGAUGAAUUGAUUGACUUGAGUGAUGAUUCCAGCUCAGAAGUGUCUCAGGAUUCAGAGCCAAUAUCUAGUGAGUUGGAAAGGAGCGAAACCGAAGGAGAAAGUGAAACUGAAGCUUCAUUAUCAAAAGAUAGUGAAGAAAAGUCUGAAGAUGACCAAACUAUAGAAGACAAUGUUAAGAAGCCAAAUGUUAAGCCUCUAAAAAUUUUAAAAAUAAAGAGAAACAAAAAAGGUUCCAAAAUUGACUUAGGUAAGGAUAGUAGUUCGGAAGAAGCUUCAACUUCUACUUCUGUUGAUAAUCUUGAAAGUAUGGAGCCUUCUCAGACUGAUGAGGAAUUUACUUUGAGUGAAUGGGAUAGUUUUAUUCAUGAGAAAUUAAAAGAAGUGGAGUCAAAACCAGAAAAAUCAAAGUCAGAUGGAAAAAAGAAUAAAUCUAAAAAGAAAGGAAAGAAUUCACGUAGAAAGAAGGGCUUAAAGAAGAGUAGAGAGGAGAAAAAAGCUUUGUUAAACUUAGGGAUUGAUCCAAAAACUAUCCAGAGGAUAAAUAUGUUACUAAAAGACAAGGAUGAUGGUAUAAAGAAUGCCUUGGAAUAUCUAUUAGACGAACUGGAAAACAACCUUGAAGACAGUCAAGAACCAAGAUCAGGAGGCAAAAGAUCAAGAGGUAAGAAGAGAAAGAAUAGUAAGAGAAGGCGAAGAGAAAAUGCCACUCGCCGCCCUUAUGACUUGGAACCCGUGACACCACCAUUCUCCAGGUAUAUUUUAAAGUUAAAGGAUGUAUUAGGUCCAAAGGAAGCCUUAGAGGAGCUUUUAGAUAACUUGGGUGUUGAGUUAUCUGGAGAAGAACCAGUUCCAAAAGAGUUAAGAAGGUAUAUUACACCAAAUGUAGUUAACGAGGUUAGAGUUCUAAGAGACAAAAAGAACGGAGACGAAAGGGCUUUGAACAAACUUUUGAAAGUAUUGAGAAUUCCAAACAAACGUGUAUCCAGACCAGAAAGGUCAAAUCAUAAAAGAGGUCAAAUUGGUAAAGAAGGUAGAAGAUUGCCAGCACUGUUAAAUGAGGAAGAUAUUAAGGCAGUUAAUAGGCUCUUAAAAAGAAAUAAAGCUCCUCAAGCUUUGGAAUACUUCUUGAAGAGCACUGACUUGGAUAAAGAUUUGGAAGAUAAUAGUCAAGGAAUCUAUAGGCCAAACAGGUCUUACUCGGGACUGAACCUAUCACCAGAAAGGCUUUCAAAAGUCAGAUACUUAAUUGAUCAGGGCCCUCAAGGCUGCAGAGAUGCUUUGUCAGAAAUUUUCGAUGAUUUGGGUAUUCCAAAACAAAAGAAUUUGUUUGAUGGAAGUAGGAAUGGUUUGGAGCUUAUGGAUCCCCAGAGCAGAAGACCCUUAAAGAGAAAUCGUCAAAGAAGGAUGGCAAUGCCUCCAUACUUGAGAGAUCCGGAAUUAGAUUACUCAGAAGAUGGUUAUAUCAACGGUGAUGAUUAUUCAGAGUUUGAUGAUUUUUCAACCUUUGUUCCAAGAGAAUACUAUAGAUUUAAUGAUGGAAGGAAAGUUUACACGGAGGAUCCAAUGAAAAUGCUUCCAUUUGGAAAGGCCAAUGUUGCUCCAAACACUUAUGAAGUUUUACCCACCCCAAAAUCACCGUUCCCGUUAGAAGAUCAGUACUAUAAAACACUAAUCGACCACCCAAUAAUGAGAAAUGAUAUGUCUCUUUCUCCGAGAUAUUAUAAGGCUCCAGAAAUGUCACAAUAUGAUAGAGAUUUGAGAGAUUUUGUGAACAAAAGGAGAAAAGGAUUUGGAAUGCCAAAUAUUCCAGAUUAUCAAUAUUGGAAUUACGAUCCAGAAAUAACAGGAAGGUCAGUGUAUGAAGGACUGGAUACCCCUACUAAUAGAAGAAGAAGGCAAAUCUUAGAAAGAAAGCGUAAACUUGGCAACUAUUUAGAUGAAGAGCAUGAAGUUUCUGUACCACUAGAAGAUGGAGAGAAUGAUAUGGGCAGAGAAAAUUCAUCAAAGACUAUAAUGGUCAAAUCUUUUGUUGAUGAUGAUUUACCCGAGAACAGUGAAGAAGUAAUGUUAGUUCAUAAACCAGAGUAUUCAGAAGAGGAGCUUUAUGAUAUGGGCCAAUGUUUAGUAAAUAAUGAAGAUUCAAAUAAAUUAAAAAUUUCGAACGGAGCAGAAAUAAGUAACAAUUUAAAUGCAGAAUUUGAAGGUUUAAAAAAUAUUGAAGAUGGGUUUGAAGUAGAAAGAGAAGCAACCAGAGAAGAAAUUCUUUCAACAUUGGUAACUGAUCCAAAAAUGGAGGUUUCAACGAAACUAAUUCUAAGAGAAAUUUCGGAUGAUGAUGAUUCCGUUAUAAAUAAGUUUAGAAACAUCUUAAUGGAAAAUCCAAUGAUGGAGAGAAGCAAUAUUCCAAAACCUGUGGAAUCUGCGGAAAAAUUGAAAGAGAUGCAAAAGCAAACACCAGAAAGUAAAGAGAUUCAAAGUUUUGGGUACUUGGAUCCAUCAUUAAGUAGUUAUGAUAAGAAGCUAUACUCUGAUAGUUUUGUGGAAAGCCUGGAAAAGGAAAAUUUAGAAACUACUCCAAUUUCAAUUUCUUCUCAAAUGCUUGAAGAAUGUAAAGAUAUAGCAAGUCAACUAAAAAUGAAAGAAUUGGGUUGCGAGAAAAUCUCUGGAGACGCUUCAGAAUCAAGAAAGCGUCCUUUAGAUAUAAGGAGACUUUCAAAAAGAGUGACAAAAGUUAAAAAUCUAUAUGUAAAAUCAUUCCUAAAGCAAAUAUGCUUUCCAGGUGAGGUUGCCAAAUUAUAUAUUGAAAGGUUCUCAGAUUUAAAGGGUUGGAAUAAAGCUAUGGAUAGACAUCGUUGGGUAGCACUUCCAUUGGUUUCACCGCAAAGUUAUAUUCCUAAUUUGGGAGGAUUAAACUUAUUUCAAAGAAUGAUAUUGCAUCAAACAGUUAAGAAACAAAAACUUCAUUCACCAAGAAGAGUGAUUAUUUUGGCAUUUUCAACUAGAUCUGUUGCAGAAAAGAAACUACCCAAUAAUUUAGCAAGCUUAGGUGAAUACUCUGGUAAGAAAAACAGUGUUUCUUCUUUAGAAUAUUCUAUGAAUGUGGAAUAUAACCAGGGGAUGCUCAUUGUUCCGUUGAUUGAAUUGGCUUUAUGUGUGAAAGGAGCUCUUCAGUUAAACAAUAUAGUAAGUUCAAACAAAUCAAAAAAAAUAAAAUUGGGAACUUGUAUUAUUGGUGGAGUUAGAAGCCACUCUGUAGCUCAGAAAAUUUAUAGAACAGCAUUAAAGUAUCUAGAAAUGAGUCCAGAUUUGUCAAUGGCGAAAUUUUUAAUUAUUCCAGUCAAAGUAGGUAAAGAAAACUUAAGUGAACAGCUUAAACUCUCAGAAUCAGGAAAUACUGAUAAGAAUUUUGGUCUCCAAAUUCCAGAAGAUGCAAUUUCACCGGCAGUUUCUGAUUUAGAAUAUAGCAAACUUCAGUUUGAAAUGAAAUUAGAGAACUCAAAACAAGUUAAGGAAAGAUAUAAUAAUAAACUAGCUAAUUUAAGCGAAGCUAUUUUCAAACUUUAUUUAAUGAAUUCUAGAGAGCUGGAUAUUAGAUCACUUAAGGCAAAUGGCCCAAGGUCUAUCGUAAUUCCAAUGUCAUUCCCUCAGCUGUACAUAAAAGGAUACUCUAGAGCUCAGAAACUAGUAAAAAAAAUUCAGAAUAAAUAUAAACCAUCUUUGAAAAAUAGAUCAUAUAGGAAUAAACUCAAGCCAGGGUUUAUUUUAUUAAUCAACGACCAAACAGUCAAUUCUGGCUCUAAUUCUAAGUCAUUCUUGAAUGAGCAAAUUAAGAGAAUCCAAAGCUUCUUUACUAAUCCUUAUAGUUUUAAGAAUUUCAAAUCGCGUAAACAUGAAGGACCAGUACUCGAAAUUAAGGGUGUAAAUACACUUCAAAUAAGAAAAUUCUUAUUAGAUGCAAUUUCUAGAGCCUCUAGACAACCAUCUGUUGUUCCAAUGGUUAUUCUUCCAAUAUUUGUUGAUAAUAACUUAAAAACCAACAAGUCUGAUAGAAAAGCAAUGAAUAAGGUUUCGAAGAAAAAUAUCAAACAUUCUAAUAACAUUUAA